AUGACCAUCCGCGGCUGCAAUUCAAGAAUAUUUCGACAUGAUCAAAGAUUGAUGGGCUUGAUCUCCAACAUCCGGUACAUCAUAUGGUUGAUGUUUGCUGCUUUCUCAUUAUCAUCAUCAUUUGCUCAAGGCUCCAACGACUACAACAUUGAGUCUUUGAAUGCUUUUAUUCAUGAUCAUGCAGAUAAGGCACUGGUAAAGCCACACACAGGCACUCUAUACAAUAUCCCCCUCCCUGCCAACUUCUCUGGCAUGGAAGUUUCAGUUGUUAGAAUCCGAAGUGGGGAAUUUUGGGCCAAAGGAGCCAAUUUUAGCUUCUUCCAUAUCCCUCCAGGGAUUCGACCAAUCCCUUAUGCAAAAAGAUUAUCAAUACUAUAUCAAAACUUGGGCAAUUGGUCUUCUUAUUACUACAAUGUCCCCGGUUAUAGAUUGGUUGCCCCUGUUGUUGGCCUCACGGCUUACGAUUCUUCCAAUUCAAGCGCCAUAGGUAAUCGAAGGGUCGAUUUCAGCAUCAUGGGGGAUCCCAUUUCAGUUCAUUUUUUUAAUAUUGUGAUACAAGCUGGAAAAAAUGAUCAUGUGACGCCAAAAUGUGUCGAAUUUGGUGCUGAUGGGUCUUUUGAAUUACAGGACAUGAAUGAGUCUUACGUUUGUAUUACACAAGGUGAAGGUCAUUUUUCUGUUGUUGUUCAAAAGAAACAAGAGGGGAAUAUGAAAUUGUGGGCGCUCGGAUUCGGAUUUGUUGGGUUGGUUUCAGUGGUUUUGGUUAUGGUGGCCAUUGUCAGACUUUUGAGGAGGAAUAAGAUGAGAAAAAUGGAGAAGCAAUCUGAAAGAGGGGUUGCUUUUGAUACAUUUUGGAUUGGGGGAAGUAAAAUGCCAUCUGCAUCAAUGGUUAGAACCCAGCCAGCCCUUGAAAAUCGUUAUGUUCCUUGA